AUGCUGCACUGUCUCAGGUCCCUAACAUGCAUGUCUAUGCAAGACAGGAGAUCCCUGAACGUUUCAAUUACAAAGGAGGGAAGUUUGUUUCGCCCCUGACACUAGUGGCUGAGCCUGGCUGGUUUAUCAUUGAGAACAAUAAAAACCUGCCAUACUGGAAAAACCACUCAGGGGAGCCAUCAGCUUGGCAAAAUGGCUGGCAUGGUUACGACAACGAGUUUCUUGAUAUGAGAGGCAUUUUCUUGGCAACAGGACCUGACUUCAAGCGUAAUGUUCAGAUGGCUCCAAUUCGAGCAGUGGACAUCUACAAUGUGAUGUGCUGGACAUUGGGAGUGGAGCCUUUGCCCAAUAAUGGGUCCUGGUCUCGUGUAGAGAACCUUCUGAAUGACUCUAAUGGUCCACUCCAGCCCAAAACCCUCUGGAUAUGCUGUAUGGUUUUGAUACUGCUUGUACUGUGGGAUGACAACAGUUAAUAGUUCCAUGGUUAUAUGAUCUGACAGUUGUGAUAAGUGAUCUUUGAAAACAGUUAAUACAUUUAACCAUGUACAGGUUAAAACUCAUGAAGGAAAGAGUAAAGAAAUUAUUUGAUGAUGUGCACUUCAUAUUAUGUCUUUCUCUAGAGCUAAUAAAAUUAGUUUAUGUCUGAGGCAGAACAUAUCGGUUUAUUUGAUUAAUGAAUCUAACAAAUUAAAUUGUCUGUGCAAUUUCACUGCGUUAACUUACUCUCUAAUUUGUUUUGAUAAGCAUUCAUUGGCAUAGUAACACCUAAAAGUUAUGGAUACAACAUGUCAAAAGGACUCUCUGUUGGAACAUACAUUUUUUAUAUUGUCAUGUUAGACCACAUAGUUCUUUCAAUGACAACUUCUUGGAGAUAAUAAUAAUUAAGCUCGGAGUAAUUUCAAUCAGGAAGACCUGCCCCCAUUCAAUCAAUCCCAGUUUCUUACUCUCUAUGUUUGUUAAUCAGCUGUUUGUGGGCGUGUCUAAAUGGCCACUCAGAUUAUGCCACAGUCUCUUCCAGCCAAUCAUGCGACUGCUCUCAAACUCUAAAUCUCUUCUCCUCCCUUCCACAGUAUGGAGGAAAUUUAACUUUGCAAGACUUCUGAAAUAAAGAGA